UGACUGACAGCAGUCUUCAUCGGAUAAUUCAUGUAUAAAUACGUAGAUCUUGAAAGGUUCUCGAAUUGAGGUAGGAGAUGGAGACAUUGGAAAAUCUGCUUUUUGAAGCAGCAGCUGAAGGAAAUGUGAAUUCUUUGAAGAAGCUGCUUCAAGAAGAUCCAAUAAUUCUUGAUAGAGUCAUAGUUAAUAUUCACUCUGAUACUCCUUUGCACGUAGCAGCAAUUUUGGGACAUAUCGAUUUUGUGAAAGAAAUCUUAAGACGAAGACCUGAAUUUGCACGAGAGUUGAACUUAUGUCAAUCAUCGCCACUCCAUUUGGCAUCUGCUAAAGGUUAUAUCGAGGUAGUUAGAGUGUUGUUAUCAGCUAAUCCUCUAAUGUGCCUAGCUCGAGAUAGAAAUGGGCUGACGCCUCUCCAUCUGGCAGCCAUCAAAGGCAGGAUUGAAGUUGUGAAAGAGUUGGUUCAUGCAAAACGUGAUGCAGCUCGAGUGAUCGUGGGUCAAGGCAGGACUAUUCUGCAUUUGUGUGUGAAGUACUAUCAGGUUGAGGCCUUAAAGUUCUUAGUGAAUACCUUUAGAGAUCAAGAUUUCACAAAUUGUAAAGAUAGUGAUGGAAACACUAUCUUACACUUGGCAGUAGCUGAUAAACAAGUUGAGACAAUUAACUUUUUGCUUAUGGAAUCUGCAAGGGAUGUUAAUGCUCAAAAUCUUUGUGGGAUGACAGCAAUGGAUGUUCUGAUCUGUAGUCGAAGAGAUUUAAGGGAUGAAGAAAUUGAAGAAUCUCUAAAACGUGCUGGAGCAUUUGGAUCAAUGGAAAAAAAUUCAUUAGUCCAAAUUAAUGGUAACAUAACUAGUCCAGGCUUGAAUUUGUGCUUGGAUCCGACUGGUUUGUCAUCAAACGUGAAAAUAAACCUUAGGGAAAAGAUGUUUAAACAAAAAGAUGAUUGGUUGGAGAAAAAAAGAAGUGCAUUAAUGGUGGUGGCUUCAUUAAUUGCAACCAUGGCAUUUCAAGUCGGAGUCAACCCUCCAAGUGGAGUAUGGCAGGAUACGAAAAAGGUUGACUCACACAAUAAUUCCGUAUCAAAAGCUUAUCAUCACAAAGCAGGAGAAUCCAUUUUCGCCCAUAAUUAUCCGAUAGAAUACGGAGAGUUCUUGAUUUGUAAUACUACAGGACUCAUUGCUUCACUCAGUAUCAUAUUAUUGCUAAUGAGUGGUUUACCUUUAAGGAGGAGAAUAUUUGUUUGGAUUUUUCUGGUCAUUACUUGGAUUGCAAUUACAGCAGUUGCAUUGACUUAUCUCAAAUCAAUAUUUGUAUUAACACCAGAGAAAGAUAGACAGAAAGGAACAGUUCUUCUCAUGGUUCAACUCACAAUUAUGAUAUGGCUUGGCCUAAUGGCUCUCCUACUCAUUGGACACACAAUUCGGCUGAUAAUGAAAAUGGUACGGAAGUUAAUAAAAUGUCGGAGCUCGAAAGAAAGGAUUCCCGGUCUGGGAAUUACAAGUCAUGGCACUGUUUAAGGGGUUGUUACGCUAUGUCUAGUAAGUUAGAGAAGGCAAUAUUGAAUAAUAUUAAAUUGAAAUUGAAAGUAAAAUCUUGUUUACUCUAGUGUCUAGUCAUGUUCAAUACUAUAAAUAGAAAAAUGCCUGAAGUGUUUGCGCUAUAAUAUUUAAUGUAUGACUAUGUUGUAAUUUUAUUCCAAUUAUUGUGUUUCA